AUGGCUCCACUAAAUCUUGAAGAAGGUCAAUCCAUAUACCACCCACCCAAGUUUGAUGAAAAUUGCUAUUGGUGGUGGAAAGCUAGAAUGCAUGAUUUUAUCAUGGCCGAGGAUUGCGAGCUUUGGGAUAUUAUACGCGAUGGUCCGUUUAUUCCAAUCAAGACCAGCGGAGAAUACACUAAAGCAAACAAGAAAGCAUUGAAGAAGAAUGCUCGUGCCAAGAAUAUUCUGGUAUAUGGUUUGGAACCUAACGAGUACGACAAAAUCUUUAUAUGUGACACUGCCAAGGAAAUAUGGGAGGCUUUUCAAAUAGCUUAUGAUGGAACUACACAAGUAAAACAAGAUAAAUCUAAUACUGACGAUAGUUAUACGAUGGCAGUUGAAGGCGAGGAGACUAGAUAUGACUCAACGCUUGCUUUGAUGGCGCAAUCAGACAAUGAUGAAGAAAAUGGCAACGAAGAGGUAAACUUCAGGGAUGUUCAGAAAAAUCUGAAAUCCUACUCUCCAAAAAAACUCAUGUGUUUAACUGAUGUUUUAUUUACUGUAUUUUGUAGUCUUGUGGAGGAUAUGGAUUCUUUGUUCUUAGAACUAGAAGAAUCUGAACAUACUAGGAAAGACUUAGUGGCUGUAAUUACUGAUCAAAAGAAUGCCAUUGAAACUCUUAGAAAAGAAAAGAGUGAUCUCUUGGCAGAAGUUGCUGACCAAAGGGAACAAAUAGUAGAGCCCUUGAAUAAGUCAAAACCUGAAAACCCUGAAAGAGGAAAGGAGAUAGUUAGUGAGGAAUAUGUUAGGCUUGAAGAUGAGAUGAAGGCCUUGAGAUGUACGAUGAGCGCUGAAAUUGAGAAAAACGAGCUCCUUCAAGCCAAUCUAGAAAAAGUAAUGAAUGACCUUGAAAAGUCUCUAAAGUGGACCUGGUUCGUAGAGACUACCACUGCCUUGUUCACUAAUGAUAGUGAAAAAGGGCGGGGAACAGGGUUUUCAAGGAAAAAAUCCUUACAACCCUCACAGUAA